GCUACUUUCUUCAAUCUCUUCUUCUUCUCCUCUCUCUAGCUAGCCUCCAUUUCUUUCUGAUUAGAGAGCUCAAUCAAUUGAAGUGCUCCUGUGACUUAUAGCUCGCUCGCUAGCUAAGCAGCCAUGUCGGAGGUGUCGGAGGAGGCGCAGCUGGAGCUGCCGCCGGGGUUCCGGUUCCACCCGACCGACGAGGAGGUGGUGACCCACUACCUGACCCGCAAGGCCCAGGACCGCCGCUUCUCCUGCGUCGUCAUCGGCGACGUCAACCUCAACAACUGCGAGCCAUGGGACCUUCCAAGCAAGGCGAAGAUGGGGGAGAAGGAGUGGUUCUUCUUCUGCCACAAGGACCGCAAGUACCCGACGGGGAUGAGGACGAACCGCGCCACGGCGAGCGGCUACUGGAAGGCCACGGGCAAGGACAAGGAGAUCUUCCGCGGCCGCGGCGUCCUCGUCGGCAUGAAGAAGACGCUCGUCUUCUACAUGGGCCGCGCCCCCCGCGGCGAGAAGACGCCCUGGGUCAUGCACGAGUACCGCCUCGAGGGCAAGCUGCCCCCCAACCUCCCCCGCUCCGCCAAGGACGAAUGGGCGGUUUGCCGGGUGUUCAACAAAGACUUGGCGGCAAAGAAUGCCCAAAUGGCGCCGCCCCUCGACGCCCCGCCCAUGCCCCGCUCCGACUCCUUCGACAUCCUCCGCGACUUCCUCGACGACGCCGACCUGCCCGCGCUCAUGGACCCCUUCGCCGACGCCCCCACCUCCACGCCGCCGUCCACGGCCUACGGCUACCACCACGCCGCCGCAGUCAAGACGGAGCCGCAACACCCGCAGCCCACCACCUACUUCUCCCUCCCGGCGACCACCGGCGCCGGCUUCUUGCACCAGCCCUCCAGCGCCGACCAGGCCAUCCGGAGGUUCUGCAAGGCGGAGGCGGCGGGCACGUCGGCCGCCGGCGCGGACAUGUCGGCGGUGGCGAGGCAGCAGUGCCUGGAUCCGGUCGACGACGAGCUCCUGUACUACACGGACUCGGCCAUCCCGGACUACUCCCACAUAUGGAAGAACUCCGACGAGAUGAUCAACUAUUGAUUCAUCGAUCGGUGGUUCGGAUCCGCAAUCAGCUCAUGGUGAUCCUGUUCAAUUAGUUGGUUUAUUAACUUUGUUAAAUUAAGGUUUGGGUUUAAUCUGGGAGAGAGAGAUUGAUUAGGUCGCGCUAAUCUGGUCUGAUCAAGUUGUCCAGAUCAGAUGGAGCGGGUGAUGCAUGGAUCGAGUUCAUUCGUUGAUCGAUCUGAACUAAAUUAGGUAGCUAGCUAGCUAGCUAGUGUGUGUGUACAUAGUUAUCUUCUGAUUGGGAUGAUACAUAUAGGCUAAUUACUAGUCGUGGUGAAGUGAUUAGUGGAGUGAGAUAGAAAGGGAUUAAUCAAAUCUAUCAUCAAAGUUAUGACAAGGUUGGCUGGUUAAUCUGAUCCUGUGAUUGGGUUGGGCCUGUGUGUUUGUGUGUGUGGAUGGAUGGAGUAAAAACUAAACCCUCUUGUAAACGUACCAUGUAUGAUCAGUUUGCUUACAUUA